ACUCACCCACAAGAUGAUGGAGCUGCUGACUGGAGAGGUUCCUGUAAGGUGUCAGGAUGUGGCGGUCUAUUUCUCCAUGGAGGAGUGGGAGUAUAUAGAAGGACACAAGGAUCUGUCCAAGGACGCCUUGAUGGAGGCUCCCCGGCCUCUGACAUCACCAGAUUCUGACUCCAGGAGGAGAAAUUCCCCCGAGAGAUGUCCCCGUCCUCUGUAUUCCCAGGACUGUCCAGAGGAGAAGCUCCCAGAGAACCCUCAGGUAGAUGGAGCUGAGCCCUAUACACAUCUACAGUGUCUUGCAAUAGUAUUCAGCCCCUUGACUUAUUUCGUGUUUUGUUACAUUACAACUCCCAAAAAUUAUGAGCCAAUGAAUAUAUAAUAAGAGUCUAUGCUCAUAAUAAUCACCAUGCAAAAAAAAAUAAAAAAUUGGUAACAUAUAUGCCUAUGGUAAAAAAUGAAAUAUAAUCCAAUAAAAAAUUACCAGACUGCAUAUGAAAUGCAAUUACUAUUUUAUAUUACAUAAAGGAGAUCAUUACAUAGAAACAAGUGCAGGAAAGGCGGCAUCCUCAGGAGGAAAAAAACAGGGCAAUGGUUCAAUUACAAUGUCCAUUUAAGAUAUAGUACUAAAGUGCAAGUGCAAUAAAGACAUCACAAACACAUAAUGUGGCAGAACCCAUUACCCAUGUUGUGCUUCCUCUGGGGCUGGCGACAUCCCCUUUGUUAGGAAGCCCAUAAAAAGCUCUGA